AUGGGGCAACUACCUAAAAGCGUCAAGGUUCGAUCCACCUGUAACGCUUGUCAACAAGCGAAGAUUCGUUGCGGUCAUGAGAAGCCUUCUUGUCGUCGAUGCCAGAAACACAAGAUAGAAUGUAUCUAUAGUGUUUCACGACGGCUGGGGCGUCCUGCAAAGAAGAAAGAUCAGAAAGUUGGCUCGGAGACUCAAAGUCAGAGUCCCGUUCUUGAGAUUAUUACUGAUCCGUCGGAAUGCGAAAAGAAGCCACGGAAGCCUUCUAAGAAAAAGGGUCAUCUUGGAUCAAACCCAAAUUCGACUUUGCGAGCUCGAUCGGGCCGCAAUACGGAAAAGGGAGUCGAUGAAGAUCGUUUGAAGGAAGCCGUGGAAAGCACAGAAAAUCAAUCAGAGCUAAUCUCAAAUCGCAUCAGUGGUACUUUGGACAACGCCGCAUCCGAGUAUCUCUGUGCUGAUAUUGAUAUUGAAGACUCCUUUGAUCCAAUUCCAGACUUUCUAACUUAUUGCGCCGGACCUGUCACGUACCAGCAGUCGAGUGCAUGUCUAUCUUCUCAGCCAGCAGGCUCGGUGUUCUCGUCAGCAUAUACGAGUCUGGAGAAAGAUUUUAACGCCUUCCGGCAUAACUCUACGUCUGGCGAAUUCGCUGAAACGCCGGCCUUCAAAGACACCGGACCUCUUUCAUGGGUUUAUGAGACAGGAACUCGACUCGAUUUUCAGUGCUUCCAAGACCCGUGGGCCUUUGAUCGAAUCCCCUCGACCGACCUUCUAGCGGAGCAACAAGACCAUUGUUUCAGCUUCCAGUCUCCUGGUGGUAGCCAUGACAGCGAGGCGUAUUCGCCCGACAAUCCAGACCUAUUUACAGGAUCUGAGGGGUCAUCUACCUUUGGCUGUAGCUGCUACAAGCACGUAAUGGGGCAGUUAGUCAAAUCAGGCGUUAAGUCUGGAGCCAGUGGGUGCUCAAAUAUAGAUGGUUUGCUCGCAUGUCAGAAAGAUCUGGUACUCCAGACAGAGGCCAUUUUGCAAUGUAAAAUGUGCUCUCAGUCCGAGAACCAGGCGAUCAUGCUCAUCAUCAUUAUUGUCGCGAUUGAUAGUCUGCUCACCGUACUUGACGCUGCAGUUACGCCAUCCAGGGCUGGCUGUUAUGACCAAACGACCGAGACUGGGGAAACAACAGCGGGAAGAAAAAAGGAUUUCGGAGGAGGGUUCAUGUCAAACAUUCAUGCUUGUCCUUUACUGGUAGGAGGGUUUCCGGUUCCAGCCGAAGAAAAAGCCUGCUUUAUCCGACAGGUGCUACAGGCUCGGUUAUCGAUGCUGUUGUUGGCCGUUCGGAGGAUUCGUGUGUGUAUGCAGCAGCACCUGACGGCAGCGCUUUCCCGUGGUCGGCUAUUGAUGAUUAUGGAGACGGACAGACGACUUCAGUUGGUGAUGAUGAAGAUCAAAAUGGCUGUCAACUGA